AUAUGUCGUUUUCGUUCUUAACAUGGCCCUAUCGACCUCUUUUUCCCCAUCGGGAGUUAAUCGUCUGAUGGAUGUAUAAUGGAUUUGUUCCGGGUUCGACUGAAUUGCGUGGAUCAUUAUCAGUCUUCACCGACAGAAUUUGAUCCCAACUUUCGCCUCAAUGACAGGAAUGCUCGAUUGAAGGGGUCCCCAAGGGUCCCAGUCAUUCGUGUCUUUGGCUCGACAGAGACUGGGCAAAAAGUUUGCGCUCAUGUCCAUGGCGCGUUACCAUAUCUCUACAUUCAGUAUGAAGGCAGCUUGGUUUCAGAAGAUGUCAAUGCAUACAUCAAUCGCCUCCAUUUAUCAAUUGACCAUGCUCUCGCUGUCACAUAUAGACGCGACCUUUGCGGAGACAACAUCACCUUUGUCGCUCACAUCACUCUCAUCAAAGGAAUACCAUUCUACGGGUUCCACGUCGGUUAUCAAUUCUUUUUCAAGAUUUAUAUGCUUGACCCUGUCUAUAUGACCCGACUAGCCGACUUGUUGCGCCAAGGAGCUAUCAUGAAACAAACUUUCCAGCCAUUCGAAAGUCAUCUCCAAUUCUUGCUACAGUGGAUGUGCGACUACAAUCUUUACGGCUGUGGGUAUAUAGACUGCGGUAAAGUAAAAUUUCGAAGUCCGGUCCCGAAGUAUGCAGAGCCAGAAGCUUCCAGACACCUCUGGCAUACAAAGUCCAUUCCGGCAGAAAUGUUAUCGGAUGAGACCAUCCAUCCACGUCAGAGUCAUUGCGUCUUGGAGGUUGAUGUUUGCGCGCAAGAUAUAUUAAAUCGCCAUGAAAUCCAACCAAGACACUUACACCAUGAUUUUAUUGAACGCCUUCGACCGCUUAGUCCAGAUGUAAAGCUGGUUCCAAGCAUGGCAGGUUUGUGGAGAGAUGAGACACGAAGACGCAAAGCAAAGAUGGCAAAUGCAUCACCUGGAAGCAGCCCAUUCCCGCCAGAAGUGUUGAUCUCAAUGUCCGCUGAUCCUAGAGAUUCGGAGAAAGGAGGCUGGAUCCAUGAAGACGAGUUUAGGGACCGGGUGAAAGAUGUUAUUCGAAACGAAAAGGCUUCUAAUGACCUACCGUCUGUCGGGUUUGACGAAUUCGUGCCCAAGUCGGAUUUCGAGCAACGGAUCGGGACCGCUUUUGAGAGUGUGGCAGAUCUAUUUCCGGAGAAUUUGCAUCCUCUGACGUCCCGCGUUGACAAUGAUGCAAUAUCCGUCAGUGAUGAGCGAGAUCGCACCGUGCAAGUAGCUGAUGUGGAUGAGACUCUCAUCCGCCAAUUUGAGGAGUAUAUGUCCGAUGAUUUUGAGGAUCAUCCGGAAGAUGAAUUGAGUAAUGACGAACAGCUUGUUGAGGACGUCGAGGGCGAACUCGCGAGCAGGCAUAGGAGGUCGGAUGAUUUGGAACGACAGAAGAUUCUUGGGGCAAGUCAACUCGACAAGUCUCAAAGCCAUGAUGGAACACUUCAAGCCUCACCUACACGCCUAGACGUUGUCGGUAUAAGAGACGUUGAUGAGAAUCGAGAAUUCGACGCCGACCGGUUUGAUAUACCUCUAGAUUAUACAAGCGACAUUAGCACAGCAAACGCUCAGGCGAAACGCACCCGGAGAGAAGGAAGUCAACCCAGGAAGCGCCGUCGAACUUUUACCGGCGACGCCCGCAUUGAUGACAGCGUGCAUUCCAAUUUGAAACACUUGAACCAAGCCGCAGCCAGUCAUCCAGGACAUACUCCGUCGAUAUCCGUUGUCCGCCCAGGGCUCGCAACGGGCUCCGUAGAUCUUCAUCAUGGUGCUGCACAAAACCCUGAUCUACCUCCUCUUCUCUCAAAAGAUUCUGCAUGUUUACAAGGGUCUAUCAAAGCAAUUGAUACUAGCCGGGCGGGAACACUGUCAUUUCCAGUAGUCAAAGAUCCCUUUAAUAAUGAUACCAUUCAAAGACUGAGCCAACGCAGCGGGACGUCUCAAAAAGGCUCGAAGUCUUAUUUCAAGCCUGAUCAGUCUGGAAAUGAAACAAGCAAAAGCAGCUCGAACAAUGAAUUUGGAGAGCUCACGAAGUAUGCAACUUCUUCCGAUAAUACAGAUGUGUCUUUGCUUUCUUCAAACGACUUGUCAAGCGCCAUGCAAACUUCUUUCGGCCUGGAAUCAAACCAUUCCCUUUACAUUUAUGCCGUCCCUGCUCCUUCUCGGGAUUUUGUAUCCAAGACUUUGCCAGAUUACGGAAUUCCAACAAUCAUCUAUCAAGAUGCUUAUUACAGCAAUGAAAGAGACGUUCCUGAUCGUGUACGAGAGUACGCUGGGAGAGAAUUUCGUCUUGAAAGCCACACUGUACCCUUCCUACCCGACUUCAACUCGGACGGGCUUAGUUUUAAGAGAAACAAUAUAUCAGCAGAUGAAAUAAGUGCAUGCUCAUUGCACAAGAAAAUAAAGGCAUGUUGCAGUCUCAGAAAUUGGGAAAUUGGAGAGCUCCCCCCAAGCCGGAUCGAAGUGGAAAAAUGGAUGGACACCGAGGACCGGCAUACUCAAGAAGUCUUGCCAGAGUCAGAUGGUCGAAAGACCGUGCAAGCAGAGGCUGAGCGGCUUUCCGCCAACAGCAGAAUUCCGAUUUCCCAAAUCGAAGGCCCGACUCAGAAAAAUAAGCACGGGUUUAAGUAUUCCCAAAAAAUACACAGCUCAAGUGUCCAGCACGAAGCGCAGUACAUGAGUACCAUGAGCCUCGAGGUUCAUGUAAACACAAGGGCUCAUCUUCUACCAACCCCUGAAAUAGACGAAGUGGCCUGCAUUUUUUGGUGCAUUGAUGGCGACGAUCAGAAUCUUGACAACGAGCACGACAACAACAACAAUAAAAUUGGAAUAAUAGUAUUGACGGAGGAUGAGGACCGGGCCCGCAAAGUAUCGCAGCUAGCUGCUGUACAUGUCGAUGUGGAAUCAACUGAACUCGACCUCAUAAACAAGAUGGUUGAUAUAGUCAGAAGCUUUGAUCCUGAUAUCUUGACAGGCUACGAAGUCCAUGGGUCCUCAUGGGGCUAUCUCAUCGAGCGCGCGCGACGCAUGUAUGAUUAUAACCUGUGUGACGAAUUCUCCCGCAUGAGAUCCCAGUCACACGGCCGGUUUGGUAAAGAAAAUGAUCGCUGGGGAUUCAAUCACACGUCGACUAUCAGGGUUACCGGGAGACACAUGAUAAAUAUCUGGCGGGCCAUGCGCGGCGAAUUGAAUCUCUUACAGUAUACGAUGGAAAAUGUUGUCUUCCAUCUCCUUCAGCGAAGGAUCCCUCACUAUUCUCACCAGAAUCUGUCUGAAUGGUACAAAAGUAAUCGAGCGAUUGAUCUUGCGAAAGUUCUGGAGUAUUAUAUUGCGAGGGUUCGUUUGGACCUUGCAAUUCUCGAAAACAACGAGCUUAUUCCAAGGACUAGUGAGCAAGCUCGUCUCCUUGGAGUGGACUUUUUCUCUGUAUUCUCAAGGGGCUCGCAAUUCAAAGUCGAGUCGCUCAUGUUCCGGAUCGCAAAACCUGAGAACUUCCUGCUAAUAUCACCGAGUCGGAAGCAGGUUGGCCAACAAAAUGCGCUCGAAUGUCUUCCUCUUGUAAUGGAACCACAAAGUGCAUUCUAUAACAGCCCACUCUUGGUCUUGGAUUUCCAGUCCUUGUACCCCAGUGUGAUGAUUGCUUACAAUUACUGCUAUUCCACUUUCCUCGGCAGGAUCGUGAAUUGGAGGGGGCAGAACAAGAUGGGAUUUGCAGACUACCAAAGACAGAAACGAAUGCUGGAGCUACUGGAAGACCAUAUAAACAUUGCACCGAAUGGCAUGAUGUAUGUGAAGCCAGAAAUACGUAAAUCCCUUCUCGCAAAGAUGCUCGGAGAGAUCCUUGAGACGAGAGUUAUGGUGAAGAGCGGGAUGAAGGUCGAUAAGGAUGACAAGGUCUUGCAGCGACUUCUCAAUAAUCGACAACUAGCUUUGAAGCUCAUUGCGAACGUGACAUAUGGCUACACCUCAGCAUCCUUCUCUGGGAGGAUGCCGUGCUCCGAGAUAGCUGACAGUAUCGUGCAAACGGCACGAGAAACCCUGGAAAGGUCAAUUGCCUUUAUCCAUUCCAUUGCACGCUGGGAUGCAGAAGUCGUCUACGGUGACACAGACAGCCUGUUCGUUUAUCUAAAAGGACGCUCUAAAGAUGAAGCAUUCCGAAUAGGAGAAGAAAUUGCAAAGGAAGUCACCAAUAUGAAUCCGAGACCGAUCAAGCUGAAGUUCGAAAAGGUGUACUUUCCUUGCGUGCUUUUGGCCAAGAAACGAUAUGUCGGUUUCAAAUUUGAGAGCCCUAAACAAGACCAGCCCGAAUUUGAUGCAAAGGGUAUUGAGACUGUUCGACGCGAUGGCACACCUGCUGAGCAAAAAAUAGAGGAGAAAGCUCUCAAGAUACUUUUCCGAACCUCUGACUUAUCGCAAGUCAAGAACUACUUUCAGCGUCAAUGCAGCAAAAUAAUGAAAGGCAGCAUCUCGAUCCAGGACUUUUGCUUUGCAAGAGAAGUUAAGCUUGGGACCUAUAGUGAUAGAGGAUUACUGCCAGCAGGGGCUCUCAUCAGCGCCAAGCGUAUGUUAGAAGAUCCUAGAGCAGAACCACAAUACGGGGAACGAGUUCCAUAUGUUGUAAUCACUGGGGCACCGGGCGCUCGAUUGAUUGACCGGUGCGUGCCUCCCGAAACUUUGCUGUACAAUGAGCAUAAUGAACUAGACGCUGAGUACUAUAUCUCAAAGAACAUAAUCCCUCCGCUUGAGCGAAUAUUCAACCUUGUCGGAGCAAAUGUGCGCUCGUGGUACGAUGAGAUGCCCAAAUUUCAAAGAAUUAGACGAAUCGAAAGCGCCGUCACAGGCCUUGGAAAGGAUGUCGCUACCUCUGCCAUCUCUCGGACUCUCGAAUCUUACAUGAAGCUCUCAGCAUGUUCAGUCUGCAGCAAGAAGAUUGAAGCAGAGCUACCCAUAUGCACGGAGUGCUUACAUCAGGCCAACACGUCGUUGUCUGCUUUGCGUUUUCGAAUGUCUGAAGCGGAGAGGAAGGCUGCGGAUUUGGAGAAAAUAUGCCGGUCUUGUGCAGGCCUAGCAUUUGGUGAACCCGUCAAGUGCGACAGCAAAGACUGCCCGGUAUUUUACAGCAGGACGAGACACAUGUCUCAUCUGUCUAAUAUGGUGCGAACAACAAAACCUAUGGUGGAACUUCUCGAAGCCCUGGACAUCAAUCGAUAUGACUGGUAGAAGGCGUUGACACACUAUGAUCGCCAAUCUCUUUCCCUGUAAACCUCUCGACGACAAUGGGUGCUCAUGAUGACAAUACAGGGAUACUUUUUGUUUUCUUAAUUUGCAGCUAUAUACCC